AUGUCUGUGGCUUGCACAGUGACGAAAAAGCUCGCAGGUACCGCUGAAGACACGGCCGCCUGGGUUACCAACGUGGGUAACGAGCACGGGCAGGUCCUCAUCAGUGUCCUCACCUGCUCCGAGGGCCUGUCCCCCAUGGCGGUCGGGUUGAUGAGGCGGUACCGACUCGCCGGGGUACGUCCCCCCCAGCUGAUCUACGUGGAUCGUGACUGCUGCAGCCGAGACGGCGUGUCGAAGACAGCUGCCUUGUUUCAGGAGUGGGGACAGCUCGUGGUGAGACUGGACACCACAGAGACCCAAGAGCUGUACGCCCCCUUCAUGAGGCAGCUGUCUCACUGCAUCUUCGAGGUGGACUCAGGAGAUGCCCGCCGUCUCACUGAGGCUAAGCGGUCCCAGCUGGAGGGGCAGCACGGGAUGGUUGGCCUGACUGACGCCGAGGUUGUCAGGAGGAUCACCAGGGAGGAGUGGAGGCUCCACUGUCGUCGUCGGACACGAAAUUUGGAGGACGCAGAGGCCCCACCUCAGCUGCAUCCAGGACCCACCGGGCGUGCAGCUGUACACCCAGACGGAGUCAGCCUGCCCGUUUAUCGCUGCGCGAGGGGCUCCACAUCUCUGGAGUCCUUCCACCUCCACCUCAACCGCUUCAUCCCAGGGACGCGAGCCAGUGCUAUGCACUUCCAGGCGUUCCUGGUCGAUGGACUGACGAGGUGGAACGAGGACCGCGCAGCAGCAGCUGCACCCCCGGUCGCGGCUGAGGAACAGGUGGGACCUCUGCACUCCUACAGUGGCCACCUCAAGCACGUCCUUAACCAGAAGAGCCAACGGGUGCUUGGCCUUCCCAUGGUUAAGGACUUCACCAAGCCUGCUGAGUACACAGGGGAGCUCAUCGGGGUUGAGUACCUGUACCAGCAGACAGGCAGAGUGCUUGAGGUUGUCAGCUUGGACCCUGACACUCCGGACGAGGCUGCUGCCAUCGAGUCCCUUGGGGAGGACGAGGACGAGGGUAUCGGGGAGGACGUUGAGGCACCCCCGUCUGAGCCAUCCGGUCCGGCCGCCCCUCUGCGACGUGCCUCUGCCGAGGCCCCUGAAGAUCCUGCUUCCACGCAGUCCUCCUCAGAGUCUGAGGAGGAGAUGGAGGGGCCUGAUGGUCAGCCAGGAUACCAGCAUGUCCUGAGGCUGGCCGAGGCCCUGCUGGAAGCACGGAGCCUUCUGGGGCUUUCUAACAAGAGGGUAGACAGACUCAUCGUGCUCUGGAAUCGCCUGCCAGAGCACGACAGGGGGCGAGUCGUCUACCCUCCCAGAUGCCGGGAGAGGCAGCUUAAGGGGCGGUUCAAGCAAGGGAAGGGGAUAAACACCCCCUUCCCUGGAAAGGAGAGUCUCCAACGCUCUCUUCUCGGACCGUACUCGGGCACUGCAAGCUGGCCCAGCGCCAGUCGCCUGGUGGAGGCCAUUUGCAUCCAGCUCUGCCGGCUCUACCCUUCGGACACGCGGGUUUUAGGGGUCAAGAGGACUAGGUGGUCCUUGGUCCUCUCGGACUACGUGGCCAUCAGAGCGGCAGUGCUGGCCAGCCCGAGGCUGAUGGCUCAGACGGACAUCCAGCUCUUUGAGCUAAACCAGAGGACCCUGUCCAAGUGGUUCUCUCAGCGCCAGAAGCAGCAGGAUCAGGCUGUGCUGCUGCAGGCAACUGGCGUCGUGCCUGUGGCAGCACUGGCUGGGGAGCCUCUGCCUCCUGCAAAAGGGCUGUCCUGUGUCCAGGCGGGACAAGGACAGCCCUUUCACUUCAACGUCCCCGAGGAGCAGCCCGGCCCCUCAACAACAGGACUGCCCGCUCCUCCUCCUCCUCCUCCUCCUUCUCCUCCUCCUCCAGAUGGGGAGCAACCAGGACCCUCAUCUGGGGGCCUACGCGACACUCCUCGACCACUGCUCCCGGGUCCUCCUCCUCCUCCUCCUCCUCCUCCUCCUCCUGCACCACUGACUGUGCCCAGGACAACGGCGUACAGGAAGAGGAAGGCGGCCGAGGCUGCCGCUGCAGGGCUUGGACCACCGCCCGGGAGCAAACCCCGCCGGCAGAUAAUGCAGUACAUCUGCCGAUUGUGUGGCCAGUCCAAAAGGCUGGAAACUGGACACACACGUGUGGGAGGCGUGGCGUACUGCGCAACUGUCGGCGGGAAAUCGGUGGAGGAGUGGACUGCGGAGAGGAAGAGGGAAAUGGCCAGAGAACCAGGGGGCCCAGGGCUGUGA